AAUCCUCCAAUAGUUGGACAGAUAAACACAAACCAGCUGAACGCCUGGGUUCGCGCAUGCGUUUUUCCAUCACUGUAUGAGUGCAGCGUCCAUGUAGCGCGAGCAGAAUGAAAACAACAGAAAAACACGAUGACAGCGUCGUAUUUGAAGUGGAGAUGAAGACUCCUCCGGACAGAUCAGGAAUUGUCUUUGAAGUUGGAGCUCAGCUGGAAGCUAGAGACCGCCACAAGAACUGGUACGCAGCCACGAUUGAGAGAAUUGACUACGACAAAGAACGCGUCCUGAUCCACUACCGCCAGUGGAGCCGUCGACACGACGAAUGGUUUCAGUGGAGCUCGCCGUACCUGCGGCCGCUGGAGCGAGUCAGUCUGAGGAGGCAGGGCCUGAAUCCACCGUGUUCACAGCCGGUGUUUGUGUCGGGCACAAAGGUUCUGGCCUGUUGGACAGACUGUCGUUUCUACCCGGCCAAAAUCCUCAGCGUCAACAGGGACGAUUCCUACACCGUGCGGUUCUUUGAUGGUGUGGUUCGGACUGUGAAGCCCACAAAGGUCAAACCUUUCCAGGAAAAGUCCAGAUCUGAGAAGAGUGCAGUGGGAAGCGAGGGAUGGGAGGAAGGGGAGAGUGAGGAUGAGAACGGUGGAGAGAAAGAGAAAAUGGAGAUGGAGACAUCUGAGCAGAAGGAAGUUGAGGAGGCCGAGGAGGAGAGGAAGAGGAAAGCCGAACCUUCAUUCUCCCUCCCACCAGUGAAAAAGAAAACAGAUGACAGUAGAAGCAGUGGAGCUCAGAAUCAGCCAAUCAAAAUGGACUCCACCCAGCCAAGUCUUCCUAACCCUGCUCACAUUGACAGAGAUGUCCUGUUGGAGCGUCAGGCCCACCUGCCCACUACACACAAAUUCAGCAGAGAACCACUGUACCGGGUGAUAAAGAACCAGCCCCCUCCCAUUCUCUCCAUUGAGUUAGACCACAACCCAUUCAAAUGUCUCACAGAGGGCUGCACCAAGUCGUUCAGGAAGGCGAGUCUGCUGCACUAUCACAUGAAGUACUACCACUCGGACCAGCAGCUGGACAAGCACAGCAGUGAGCAGGAGGCACCGAGGGGGAAACGACCAUCUUUCAAGGGCGCUGACUCCAUGUCAGAUGUUAAGAAGGAGGACCAAAACAAUACCUGUCACCGUGGCGACAGAGAGCACAGCACCAUGGGAACAGCUGAAGUGAUGAAGGACGGGGGGGGGGACAAAACAGGAGGACAGGACAGGAAGGAGAGGAAGAACUUCUUGAGAGUCAAACUGAAGAAGAAGAAAAAGAAGAAAAAGAAGAAGAAAAGUCAGCCAGGACUUUGCAGCAGUGAUGAUGAGAACUCAGACAGACCUCCGAUCACUCUGAAGCUUUCCACCGAUCAUCACGACACACUCACACAAGUGGACGACGGCAGCGACUGGUCCACGCUGACGGCAGAGAGCGGAGAGGACACGCCCUCUUGGCCCGUUGCUAUGGAGACAGAGGACUGUGAGGUGGUGAGGUGUGUGUGCGAGGUGGACGAGGAAAAUGACUUCAUGAUCCAGUGUGAGUCCUGUCUGUGCUGGCAGCACGGCACAUGCAUGGGUUUAUAUGAAGACGGCGUCCCUCACAACUACAUCUGCUAUUACUGCAGGCACACCGCAGGCUGGAGGUGGUCUCAGCGUUUCCUGUCAGAACCUGAUUUGCUGAUAUCUGGUCACAUGUUUGGCCUGUCGUGUGUGAAGGAGAACUACUCUGAGAUCAACGCCUCCAAGAUCUCGCACACCAGCCGCCUGCUGGCACACAUACACGGCCUCAAUCAGGUCCUCAGUGGGCUGCAGCUGCAGAUCAGCCUGUUACGCUCUCCAUCCCAUCCCGAUCUGCAGCUGUGGAGGUUGCCAUGGAGACGAGAGGAGAGUCAAAGGUUGACGUCCAGCCCGAGAGGAGAGACUCCCCUCUGUUAUGUCAGCAGUGAGCACUGCUACCAAAAGCCUGGAGCAUCAUGGGAAAAAUCAGAGGAGAGGGAAAAGGAAAGGCAGACGGCUGCCGUGAAGGACGAGGAAAACACUAAGGAGAAGGAAAUAAAACCUGAAGAUGUCGACAAGAAGCCAGCUCAUGUCAAAACGGACACAAACAUGGCGACGCCCUCGGACGCAUCCCGAGACGCCUGCGUGAAGAGAGAGAACCACACAUGGACUGACAGCGGCAAACACGCACACACUCAGACACACGCGCAGGAGCCUCGUGUAGCGUCUGUGGCCGAGUGUCAGCUGAACCUGCUGGAGCAUGUCGAGUCCCUCCACCACCAGAUCAGUGCCAGGAUGGACCUGAUAGAGCGGGAGCUGGACGUGUUAGAGUCCUGGUUGGACCACUCAGGCGAGCUCGAACCUCCUGACCCUUUGUCCCGCCUCCCGCAGCUCAAACAGCGAAUCAGGCGGCUGCUGUGUGACCUGUGCACUGUGAGACGCCUGUCGGUCUGGCGCUGACGCGCUUCCCUCCUCGAAUAGACAACAUGGACGGACAGAGCGCGACACAUCGAAGUCUGUCGAGAAAAACGUUUCCUUCUUCAGUCGCAUGGCAGCAGCGCCCUCUGCUGGAGAGAAGGUGCACGGACAACAUGUUUUUAAAAACUGUUCCAUUAAACUUUGCAGGUACCAGAACAUUUCCUAAUGGCCUUCAGCAGGACGUCAUGCCGACCACAUGAUGAUGACAGGCUCGAUUGGUGGCUGUACUGACUCGACAUGUGACCUCAUCAGAGUUUCAACUGAAUGUUUCAUUGUUUUCUGUCAGUCCUUACUAACACUCACUGAUGAGGCGUGGACAGAUUUACAGAUUUCAUAUUAACAUUAAUAACAAAUAACAAUAACAACUACAGUGUAACAGAUAUUUAGCUCAGAGUCACGCUUUCAUAAGUUAGAUAUUUGUCAAGGCAAAGAUUUUGUAACUGUGCUAUAAUUGAUCCUAGCUGUAAAGAUCUCUUUGAAAUGAAAAGGAAGGCCUAAUCAGCCUCAGCACCUCUGUGCUCCGUUUGCCCUCUUCUGAUGUUUCGUUCUCAGGAUUGUUCAUCAUCCUCUUCAGUUAGAAGUUAAUACUGAGCUAAGAGGUUCCACUAGCUGUUGGUUUAGUAGCAUCAGUUAUCAGUUAAGAAGCUAGUUAGCUUACCUGCUAAUGCGACAGUCGGGCUGUGAUGACUUUGCAGACGCAAGUAGGUCAGUCUGAUUUUAUUUUUUUAUUUGACUUUUUCACUGCGGUGUGAACAGCACAAACCACAUGGAAUCUUAUCUUUUCUGUUCUGAUUUGGAACACGCUAAUAUGUUCUCUUAAAAGACGGCAGCUAAUCGAUUGAUCGACCGGUCAUUGCUGCUCCACGGACUUUGGUGGCCUCCAUCUUUACUUGUGUGUGACUGUGUGCUACAUGUGACUAGUUCACACUGGAAUGUGAUACCGAACGCAUAUAAAUAAUAAUGAUGGAACAGCUACACACACAAAAAAAUCAGAUUUU